AAGAAGAGGAAGAAGAAGAAACUAUCAUCAGAGGGCGCUGUAUAAUUAUGGCGGUUGUUUCGUACGAAAUGUGUCGUCGUUGAUUUAUAUUUCUUGACGCAAUAAGUAUCCGAUAAUAUGUAAAAGACGACAAAAGUAUCGAAAAAUUAAUAUUCUUACGUAACUAAAAAUUGUCUUGUUGCUGGUUUUAAUCGAUGUUUUCCUUUAAUGAAGAUGAUGGGUCCAGAACUUGCUUUACUUAACAUUGGACAGAAGAAAGCUUCCAGAGACCACAUCACUGCCCAUAAAAUUGCACUUCUUGUUCUAAUAAAGGAAUUCAGUACAGUUAAGAACAAAAAUAGAACUCAGAAAGCUUAUUUGUCUGUUGAAGAAAAUGUUUGGAUUCAAACUAAUCAACAGCAUCGAGACUUUGCUAUCACGACUUUGAAACUCAUCCAGAACCCGGAUAUGGAUUUAAAGCAACUAAUAAGUAUUAUCAAACCUAUAUUACAUCCACAAACGUAUACAAUGGUUUUAGACAGAUUGAAUGAAUUAAAAUUACAAGGCGUAGCAGGAAUAAUGGAUUAUAUUCAGUCAUUGGAAUCGUUAUUGGUUGAUCCACAUAAUCAAACACCUGUGGUGCACAAGAGCAGCGUUCUUGGUCUUUUUCUUCGAAGAAUGCUAUUGGCAUUUGAUAAAUUAUCUUUCAGUCAAGCUACAAAACUGUAUCAUAAGUUUUGCUUAUAUUAUAAAAAUGGAUUUAAAAAUGAUGACAGUAUAUAUAAUGAAGAUAUUUCUACUAUAAGUGAUCAUAAAAUUAUAGAUGAUGAUGAUAAAGAAUUUGAAGAUAAUCAAGUUCUUGCUUCACAAAAACAAGCUGAAUUUUUUGUUGCUCAACAAGCUGCACUAUUACAAAUUAAUGAGAAGGAAGCCUUAUCACCACCUCAUCUACAACAAAAAAUUAGAGAAUUGUUAAAAGGAAAUCCAGAAUUAGCUGAAGCUCAUUAUUUAAGUUUUUUAAAUAGCCUUCGAGUUAUGGAAUACUGUGGUGCCAUUGAGAAUUUAUAUCAUCAUUUUGAUAGGAGUGUUCAUAUUCAUCAGGACACUAAAUUGAGUUCUAAUAAUGAGGAAACAGAUCGAAAUUUUCGUUACGCUGCAUUGAAUCUUGCUAUUUUACAUGCCAAAUUUGGACACAAAAAUGAAGCACUUUCUGCUCUUAAAGAAGCAAUUAUGAUGGCUCAAGAAGCUAAUGAUAAUAUAUGCCUUCAGCAUGCACUGUCAUGGCUUUAUCAACUUACUCCCAAAAACAUUGAAAAUCUUAUAGAACAUUCCAUAGCAAAAACUGGUGAACAUAAUAUGUGGUAUUUAUCAUCAUUGGGAGUUCUAGCUUUAACACAACUAAAAUCAUUAUCAUCUACCAAUCCUGCUCAUGUAUUUGAGGUAAUGAUGAAAAGUGAUAUUUUAAACUGUCAGCAUUCAAUGACCGAAUUAAUGGGAAGUUCCUAUUCACAAAGAGCUGCUUUAUGGACAUUAUAUGGAAACAGUUUAAUGUCUGUAUUAAUUAGUCAGUUAUUACUUCACUUAAACAUAUCUGAUCCUAUAAGAGGUGGAGUUUAUCACAUUGGAAAGGGCACUUGUCUUGCAUUAUGUAAUAUAGCAAAAAUGUACAGUAGUCAGGGUCAAUAUAAUUCAGCAAUAGAAGUUUUGUCUCACGCCAAAGAAUUAUUCAAUCCUCAUGUUGAACUUGCUCAUAAUUGGAUGCUUUGUGAACAAAUUGUGUUGUUUGAGAGAGCAAUUCAUCAUGGAAAGUGGCAAGAAGCUUCAAUGGCUAUUGCUAGCAUAGAUAUAUUAGAUCCAUUAGAAGCUACUUACAGGAAAGCACUUUUACUUAUAUAUCAAGGUAAUAAAACAGAAUCUCAUACAUUAGUAAAAAAAUUGUUGGGAAAGUGUAAAGAAAAGUAUGGUCCUCCUGCUUAUUUUCUUGCUAGAAUUCUGUUAUUGGAAGCUGAAUUAUUUAUUCAGUCAUCAAGCUAUGCAUCAGCAAUACCUUCUCUGAUGAAAUGCUUAUCCAUUUGCAAAGACCAUCAUUUAAUGUCUUAUAAAUUAUUAACAAUCCUGUAUCUCUCAGGAGUUCAGUUUAUGUUGAAUCUACCACAUCAGGCACUUCAUUUAUUGGAUCAGAUCUUUAUAAAUUUACUUGCCCAAUGUUCUCUGUACGAUAAAGCACGAGCCUACUUACUCUAUGCCAAGUGUCUUCUAGCUUGUACAAAGUUUGAUUCUCUUGAAUCUAAGAAAGAAGCAUGAUAAACAAGAAGUUUGGACUCUGUCUGCAGGGUGCAAUCACAGGUAUCACUGUUUUUUCCUCAUUUUUGUGGUGUAUAUCCCUGUUGAUAAACUUCAUUACUUUUGCUGUUGAAAAAAAGCUAUUUGCCUGCUUUUGGAGUGUGAUUAUGUUAGACCUAACAGACUUCCAAAGGGGAAUGAUUGUUGGUGCAUGCCUAGUAGAGGCUUCUCUGACCUGAGUUGACGAGUUUAGUGAGAUCUACUGUUUCCUUGAUCACAUCUCAGUAUGCAAAGACACACAAAACAUCUGACAGAAGCAGCUGUGGUAGAAAGUGAAAGCUGGAUGCAACGGACAGAAGAGCACUUUGUCAAAUUGUAAGGAGAAAACAAAACUACAGCAGUGCAAAUUACAGCAGAAUUGGCUGCAAGUGUAAGGAUAUCGGUUCACUGCAAACCGUCUGAUGUGCACUGCAUAAAGAUAAAGAUAUUUUAAAUUUAUAUAUCAUUUUUCUUAUUAAUAAAAUCAAUUAUAUGACUAUGAAUAAAUAUUAUAAUGAAUAACAUAAGAUGGUUUAUGACAGUUUUCAUUGUCUUCCAUUUUAAUAAUUUUUAAUAAUCCUAUAAAUUACCCUUUCAGAACCUUUUUAUCCAGUUAGCUAUGAUAUUUUGAUGCAAAAACAAACGUUUCCGACACUAUCGAGUUCUGCUUCAGGUUCGAUAUUGCGAUGUUGUUCCAACUUUGGAAUGCCCAGAGUUCAAAUUUUAAACUGCCAGCAAAUUUUA